UCCCAUACUCUCAGCGAGUAAACAAACUGUCCCCUCUGCGCUCUCUGCCACCUUCUCCCUACAAACUUGCCUGUACAUCCCUCUUUCUCUCUCUCUGUUCAUGCUCUCCUCAUUGCUCUGCAAUCCUCUCUGUACCCAACCAAGCCAGCUCUCUCAAAACACGCAUCAUUCUCUCUCAAAACCAUCAGAGCCUCGCCAUUUCCGAAACCCCAAAGCACCCAAGUUUCCACAUCUCUCUCUCUCUCUCUCUCUCUCUCUCUCUCUCUCUCUCUCUCUAUAUAUAUAUAUAUAAAGUAAAAUAUACGGCUUCAACAACAAAACCCAGAGGAAAUGGGUUGUGCACAGUCUAGAAUAGACAACGAGGAGUCCGUCUCGCGCUGCAAGGACCGCAAGAACCUCAUCAAAGACGCCGUAAUAGCCCGCAACGCCUUCGCCGCGGGCCAUUCCGGCUACACCGUGGGCUUAAAGAACACCGGCGCCGCUCUCAGCGACUACGGUCACGGCGAGGCCGAAGAGCCCCACCAACACCACCACCAGCCUCCGGCGGAACCCACUGCCUCUCAACCCCCGCCGCCGCCUCCACCUCUUCCUAUGGACAACUUUCCGCCGCCGCCGCCGCUCCCGAACUUCUCGCCGAGCCCCAGCCCCAUUAAGCGCACCACCAGCUUGCCCGCCAUGCCCACGAAGCCUCGAAGGGCCAGGACCAUUGCCAUUGCCGAAGAAGAAGAAGAAGAUGAUGAUGAUGAUUUAGUGGAAGGCGAAGAAGACGAAGAAGACGAAGAAGAAGACAAUGAGGGCAGUGAGGGCAAUGUUGGAAUGGAGGGCAAGAAAGGUGUUAUUGCAAAGGGUGGUACACGAGAUGGUGUCGGAGAAGUGGACCCCCCACAGACCCCGGACAUGAAGGCGGUCCCACCGAUGCCGGUGUCGAAGGGCGUGGCCUGGGACUACUUCUUUAUGGUGGAGGACGGUAUGGCCCCUGGGCCAUCUCUCAGCGAGAACGUUGAGACUAAGGGCGUGAGUGAAGGUGUGGCAUUUGGCGGAGAACCCAAAAAUGUGGAGCCCAGUGGGGUUGAUUUUGGCGAUACGGUGGAGCCGAAGACGCCGGAGAAGCCGAUAGAGCACGCCAAGACGGCGCCGCCGGAGAUGAGAAGAGUGGGGAAGGUGGUGGGGAGUAUGAGUUUAAUGAAGAUAUUGGGUGAUCUUGAUGAUCAUUUCCUCAAGGCCUCCCAGAGCGCCCAAGAGGUCUCCAAGAUGCUCGAGGCAACUCGCUUGCAUUACCACUCCAAUUUCGCUGAUAAUCGGGGACACAUUGAUCAUUCUGCAAGGGUCAUGCGUGUUAUCACAUGGAAUAAAUCGUUCAGAGGUAUAUCCAAUGGUGAGGGUGGGAAGGAUGACUUUGAUUCAGAAGAAUAUGAAACUCAUGCCACUAUUUUGGAUAAGUUGUUAGCAUGGGAAAAGAAACUUUAUGAAGAAGUCAAGCAAGGUGAGUUAAUGAAGCUUGAAUACCAGAGAAAGGUUGCUCUGCUGAACAAGCAGAAGAAACGCAAUCUGAGUGCUGAAUCCUUGGAAAAAACAAAAGCAGCUGUAAGUCAUUUGCAUACAAGAUAUAUAGUCGACAUGCAGUCAAUGGAUUCGACAGUUUUGGAAGUGAAUCGCCUACGUGAUGAGCAGUUGUACCCAAAACUUGUUGCUCUUGCUGAGGGGAUGGCCAAAAUGUGGGAAAUUAUGCACACGCAUCAUGACAGCCAGCUGAGCCUUGUUACAGACCUCAAAGCCCUUGACAUUGAACAUGCUUCCAAGGAAACAACGAAACAGCACCACGAGCGCACUGUCCAACUCUGCCAUGUUGUCCAAGAAUGGCAUUCACAAUUUGAAAAGCUGGUGACCCAUCAAAAACAAUACAUCCGAGCACUUAACACUUGGUUGAAAUUAAAUCUCAUCCCCAUUGAAAGCAGCGUAAAGGAGAAAAUCUCAUCCCCACCAAGAGCCCAGCAUCCUCCGAUCCAAGCCCUCCUCCAAUCGUGGCACGACCAUCUUGAAAAGCUUCCAGAUGAGCUUGUGAAAUCUGCAAUUUCCUCCUUUGCUGCUGUGAUAAAAACCAUAAUGCUUCAUCAGGAGGAAGAGAUGAAGCUAAAAGAGAAGUUCGAGGAGACCAAGAAGGAGUUCUUCCGUAAAAACCAAGCAUUUGAGGAUUGGUACCACAAGUAUACGCAGCGGAGGACGCCAGAUGAAACGGAUGCCGAAAGAGGCGAAGAUGGAAAUCCCAAGGAUCCCAACAUCUCAGAGAAGCAAUUUGCGAUUGACAGCUUGAAGAAGAGAAUGGAAGAGGAAGAAGAAUCUCACCAGAUACAUUGUGUUCAGGUGAGAGAGAAGUCACUGGGUACUCUCAAGACUCGUUUGCCUGAGCUCUUUCGUGCCAUGUCAGAUUAUGCUCUUGCCUGUUCUGACGCUUAUGGGAAAAUAUGGUCCGUCACGCAGACGCAGUCACACAAAUCUAAUGGAGGUCCCUCGUGAGUUUAAUCUAAACCCCCCUGCCUGUUUCCUACUGAAGUUUAAUCAAAAGCUUAAAAGUUACUCACCUCUCGUUUUCCAGACAAAACUUGUUUUAUUUGGCGAUGAUGUAAUGUUAUGAUCUUUGUUCUUGUGCGGAAAAUGCUGCAAAUUUUACGUUUUCAAA